AUGCAGCUUAAAAAUAUCUAUCUGUCUGUCUAUCUACCUAUCUAUCUUUCUCAUUUUAUUCAAAUCCAUCUAUCGAUCUCAGUUCAUUCAUAUCCAUCCAUCUAUCUAUCUAUCUAUCUCAUUUUAUUCAAAUCUAUCUAUCGAUCUGAGUUUAUUCAUAUCUAUCUAUCUAUCUAUCUUAUUUUAUUCAAAUCUAUCUAUCGAUCUGAGUUUAUUCAUAUCUAUCUAUCUAUCUAUCUAUCUAUCUCAUUUUAUUCAAAUCUAUCUAUCGAUCUGAGUUUAUUCAUAUCUAUCUAUCUAUCUAUAUCAUUUUAUUCAAAUCUAUCUAUCGAUCUGAGUUUAUUCAUAUCUAUCUAUCUAUCUAUCUCAUUUUAUUCAAAUCUAUCUAUCUAUCUCAGUUUAUUCAUAUCUAUCUAUCUAUCUAUCUCAUUUUAUUCAAAUCUAUCUAUCUAUCUAUCUAUCUAUCACAUUUUAUUCAAAUCCAUCUAUCGAUAUCAGUUUAUUCAUAUCUAUCUAUCUAUCUCAUUUUAUACAAAUCCAUCUAUCGAUCUCAGUUUAUUCAUAUCUAUCUAUCUAUCUACCUAUCUAUCUAUCUAUCUCAUUUUAUUCAAAUCCAUCUAUCGAACUCAGUUUAUUCAUCUCUCUCUCUCUCUCUCUAUCUAUCACAUUUUAUUCAAAUCCAUCUAUCGAUCUGUUUAUUCAUAUCUAUCUAUCUAUCUAUCUAUCUAUCUAUCUAUCUAUCACAUUUUAUUCAAAUCCAUCUAUCGAUAUCAGUUUAUUCAUAUCUAUCUAUCUAUCUCAUUUUAUACAAAUCCAUCUAUCGAUCUCAGUUUAUUCAUAUCUAUCUAUCUAUCUAUCUCAUUUUAUUCAAAUCCAUCUAUCGAACUCAGUUUAUUCAUAUCUCUCUCUCUCUCUAUCUAUCUCAUUUUAUUCAAAUCCAUCUAUCGAUCUCAGUUUAUUCAUAUCUCUCUCUCUAUCUAUCUAUCUCAUUUUAUUCAAAUCCAUCUAUCGAUCUCAGUUUAUUCAUAUCUCUCUCUCUCUCUCUAUCUAUCUAUCUAUCUAUCACAUUUUAUUCAAAUCCAUCUAUCGAUCUCAGUUUAUUCAUAUCUAUCUAUCUAUCUAUCUAUCUAUCUAUCUAUUCCAGGCAGAUAUAUAUUGUCUCUUUAUUUGAAAUGA